AUGAUACAGCCGCCGCAUUCGCCUGAUUUAAACCCUAUUGAAUAUAUAUGGGCUAAGCUCAAAGAAAUGAUUGAUCGCCUAGAUCCGGACCUUGACAAAUUUGAAGGACAGGAUUACUCUGAUGGGUUGAUUUCUAGCAUAGGGCACAGGGUUGAAGCUGUAAUUGAUGUAAAUGGAUGGUAUACCAAACAUUAA